AUGGCAACCUCAGAGUCCCCCAAGGAUGUUUCUUUCUCCCAGGGCAUCCGAAUGAUGUUCUACGCCAUGAAGCCCAAUGAGACCUCCUUCCCAAACUUGGAUGAGGUGCCUGACUAUGUGAAACAGGCGACACCAUUUUUCAUUUCCUUGAUGCUGCUUGAGUUGGUCCUUGGCUGGAUUCUCAAAGGGAAGCUAGCAGUACGAGUGGAUGAUGCUUUAACCUCCAUCUCGGCAGGCAUCCUGUCGCGGCUUCCAAUGCUCUUUUUCAGGAGUAUUGAGUUUUCCACUUACAUUUAUGUCUGGGAGAAGUAUAGACUCUUCAAUCUGCCUUGGGAUUCUCCAUGGACGUGGCAUUUGACCUUCCUGGGAGUUGACCUAGGUUACUAUUGGUUCCACCGCAUGGCCCAUGAGGUCAACAUCAUGUGGGCAGCACACCAGACACACCACAGCUCUGAGGCCUACAACUUAUCCACUGCAUUGAGACAAUCUGCCCUCCAAGUUUAUACGUCCUGGAUCUUUUACUGUCCCCUGGCACUCAUCAUCCCUCCUCCGGUGUAUGCUGUACAUCUCCAGUUCAAUCUUCUCUACCAGUUUUGGAUACACACUGAGGUCAUUGAAAACCUUGGACCUUUGGAACUUAUUCUCAACACCCCAAGCCAUCAUCGGGUUCACCAUGGCAGAAACCGUUAUUGCAUAGACAAAAAUUUUGCUGGCACCCUUAUUAUUUGGGAUAGAAUUUUUGGAACAUUUGAAGCAGAAAAUGAAAAGGUUUCAUAUGGCCUCACCCACCCCAUUAACACCUUUGAACCACUCAAAGUACAGUUUCAUCACAUGCAUUAUAUUUGGACCACAUUUUGGAUCACACCUGGGUUGUGGAACAAGUUGUCUGUCAUAUUCAAAGGACCAGGAUGGAGUCCUGGCAAACCUAGGCUUGGUCUUCUUGAGGAAAUCCCUGAGGUCACAGGAAAAGAAGUCCCUUAUGCCACCCAUGUGUCUGGCUCACUCCAGCUGUAUGCCCUUGUGCAGUUUGCUCUGAUGCUUGGUUUUUAUGAGGACACAUUUGCUGACAAAGACGCAUUAUCACAGGCCACCCUCCUCCUGAGAUCAGGCUAUAUCAUCCUGACGCUGACCUCCAUUGGAUUCCUCAUGGAGCAAAGGCCCCAGGCAGCCAUUUUGGAAACCUUCCGAUGCUCAGUGUUUUUAAUGCUAUAUUGGUUGAAUUACUUGAAGCCUUUCAUCCCUUCAUGGACACAUACUUUUGAGGUGAAUAAACUGAAGUUCAUCAAAGUUAAAAGACUUGCCCAAGGCCCCAUAUCAAGAAUGGUGUCAGUCCUAAAGCUCAAAACAAGGUCAUCUGAAUCUGGAUCAAUGAAUGGCAUUGGAACUGUAUUGGCACACAGCCUUAGAGGAAGACUCCAAUGAUUAGGUUAACUGGGGUAGUUGGAGAGAGGGUGGUAGGAAGGAAUCAAUAAAAGAUAGGAAUGAUCUGCUCUUUUGUGAAUGGGCAAACCAGGGUAAUUGGAGGAGGUAGUUCACUUGGGGAGCACCAUGAAUAAAACUGGAAAAAUAAGAGCCAUUUUUAGAAUGGGCCAUUUUGACAUCUGCUAAUUAUAGCACUGCUUUCUCCUUUUUGAGUCUUUCCCUGGAGAUGCCACUGUGGCUUCAUUUGCUCAUAUAUAAUCAACAUGGGAUGUUCAUCUUUCCUAAAACUUGCAGGUUGCAUUAGCAACAGAUAGAUACUCCAAAGUAUUUCUCCAUUGUGACAACUCUUGUGAGCAGAAAUCCCAGCAUCCUCUUGGCUCCACUGGAUGGGGAAGACACACUGAUUACUGUUAAUUAUGUAAAAUGCAGAUGCAAGAGAAAAUCCACAUUGGUCGCUUUCACUUAAAUUUCAUUGGCUCCCUAUAAUUGGAUCUAAUACAGAGCUAUCUGAGUCAGUCUUGCCAGUGAAGGUUCCCUGAUGAGUAGAGACAAAUAACUAUGAUCUUAACACUGCCUCUUACUAGCUAUGGGAACUUAUGCAAGUUAUUGACCUUAUGGGCCUUGGUACCAUCAUCUGUGAAAUGAACUGGUUAGACUAGGUGACUUCAUUAUCCCCUUAUGACUUUCCCAUUCUGGGAUUUUGAGUCUACCCCAUCAUAGCUAUGUAUCAUUUGCUGUUUCUCCUUUUGUUAUGAUCUGGGCUGAAUGGCCACUGCUGCUGUGACAUAAUAUGAACGGCAUCAGUGGUAAUAGAUUGAUCUCAUUAGGAGUCAUUCAAUGCAGCCCCCCAAAUAUGCAAAAACUGUUUAGUAAACACAAAUCCUGGUCACUGCACAUGGCUGAUUGUGGAGGACCAGGCAAAGAUAUGGAUGAGUGAGUGGAGCAUGUGACCACUUCUGGCAUAAAAUCAAAAGCAUGUGUCCUCCAUAUGCUUGGAAGCAUUAUAUU